AUGCUGGACCCCAACCAGCGGCAGAUAAUUUUCGCCAAGUUUUUGGAUGCAUCGUGGCAGAUCUUCCGGAGUCAGAUGCUUGAGGCCUACGCAGAAACCGCCUUGUUGGAGGCACCUCAGGAGACCCUUCCUGCGCUCAAGGCGCGUGUGAGGAGCCUCGAAGCAGAGGUCUCGAAAGUUUGUGAAGUCACCAGACGAGAGCUCGAAACUGGCCAAGUUGUCGAGCGGUACGACCACAGCUUUCUUCCUCCCAAAGAGAGUCGGCAAGUGGAGCUGCUGUAUGCGCGGUCAACUGGCAGCGAAUCGCCGAAGGCUCCAACCCCCAAGGCCGCUUCGGUCAUGGAGCCGCUAGAAGAGGACACCAGUAUGUCGGAUCAAGUGGUUUCCCGGCAGAACACGGCGGGGGAGAGUAUCGUAGACCAAGAGGUGGGUAGCCAAGUCGCCGCGGGCGAUGGGGAUCCAUUGCUACAUCGCGAGGACAGUGACAGUGCACUACACGGCGUUCGACAAAGACUGCAAGUGCGAUUGGGCGCAAUGUCUUCGAACAAGCUGAUCACAGGAAAGAUGUUGGUCAACACUGUGGAAGCGCUGGGCUUGACCACGUACUCCGAGGAGGACAUGAAUCAGUUUGUGAACACGCUUGCCGAUUAUAUCGACUUGCGCUUCGUCAAGAAGGAAGGGAAGAAUGGCUUCAGAAGAAGUCACUCUUCCAGCAACGUGUUCCAAUUCCAGGACGAAGAUCAGCCACGAGACCAAGGAAAGCCGGUUUGGCAUUGGCCACAAGAAGGCGAACUUCAAUCCCACCAGGGCAGCCGUGAGGGCCUUACUAAACAGGAGGAGAAGACGCGGCCGAUAAACAAUGCCGUUCCGCUGAAGCCGUUGAUGGACAUCCUGGUCAGAAAGGACAAGGAGUUGCCGAAAAAAGUCUUCGGCCAUGCGAUGAUGGCACAGUUUCAGGCCAUGAAGGAGAUCCUGUUGGCAGGGGACACGAAUCGGCUUGUGGCCGAGCUCACCUUUGUUCGCAUCAACGACUUGGCGGCGCCGCCGGAGAAGAUCCAUCCCUUGAUCUUCAUCGAACCCUUCGUUGCGGUGCUGAUCAUCGCAAAUGGUAUCAUGAUUGGCUUCCAGACAGAUCCUUUGUAUGAGGACUGGGGUGGAUGGAUUUACCUCGAGGUGGUGUUUGCUGUGGUUCUGGUCGUUGAAUGUGCAUUCCGGGUACACCUAUCCGGAUGGAAGAACUACUUCUGUGGCACAGACUACCUCUGGAAUUACUUCGACCUGUUCCUUCUACUCACCGGUCUUACCGACAUCGUGGUGGAAGUUGCGGUGCAGACACAAUCUGACUUUUUCGGAGCCUCGCUUCUCAGAUUUUGUCGCCUCAUUCGCCUGGUGCGAGUUGUCAAAGUCUUCCGGCUGAAAUACAUGAAGGAGCUCCGCUUGAUGGUGAAGGGCCUCGUCGGUGGGUUUCGUACUUUGUUUCUGUCAUUCGCAUUGCUCUUCGCGGUGCUCUACGUCAUAGCAGGCUUCGCCACAAUGACCAUUGGUCGGGAUUCGCUGGUUGCAGAACUUGGUCUCACCACUCACUUCCAGAACAUCCCUGCGUCUAUGUUCACCGCUUUCAGAUGCUUCUCCGGGGAGUGCUUCGCAGCGUCAGGUCUGCCAAUUGCAGCCGUCCUGGAGGAUUCCCACGGUUUGCCUUUCGUCCUGGGCUAUGUGGUGUGCUACAUGCUGGUGUCGUUGGGAAUCUACAACGUGAUCUUGGCAGUUUAUGUGGACAUCACCAUGAGAGCUGCGAAGGAGUCGGAGGCCGUCACUGCCGAACAGCAUUCUCGCGAGUCCAUCCGGAUUGCCCGCACCACGCGUGAGCUCUUGAAGAAGUUCGCGGCGGCCUACAGGCAGUUCCAGGAUCUGGACGAGAAUGAGACCUCGAAUAAGAAGCACCUGGACUUCAGCCCGAUGGAGUCCAACUUCACCGACGAGGACAUCCACGGCCACAUCGCGAUCACGAAGGAGCUCUUCCUUCUCGUCAUCCAGGACCAGUCCGUCCAGUUCCUUAUGGAUGAGCUAGAGCUGCCCCAUGACCGUGCCAACCUGUUCGAGAUUAUCGAUGCUGACGGGAGUGGUACACUUCACGUCACCGAAUUGGUUCAGGGACUGCUAAAGAUCCGCGGGGAAGUCAAGAAGAGCGAUGCUGUCGCUACGCUGCUCGCGACGAAAGCGAUCCAGAAUCAAUUGGUGGAGUUGCGGACAGACGAAAAAGAUUUUCAGAACACGGUGUUGAAGCUUCUUCAGCCUGGAAGGAUAUCUGUGGCGUCCACGAAGAUCGUGUCGUAA